CCUCCCCUCCCCACACUAAUAAAGGUUGGGGCAUCCGGGACCUUCCACUCCACCUGUCUUAAAGUUGUCCUGCUUGACUGCCCAGCAGAUCAAGGGAGCCCUUCCAGCCACCAUGAGGCUCUACCUGUCGCUUCCGGUCCUGCUGGUGGCCCUGUGUGUGGCCUUGGAAGGGCCUGCCCCAGCGCAGGCAGCCCCAGACUUCUCCAGCACUUUGGAGAAAGUGAAGGAGAUUGGAAAUACUCUGGAAAACAAGACCCGCACAACCAUCGACCGGAUCAAAAACAGCGAAUUUCUUGCCAAGACACGGUCCUGGAUUUCAGAGAAAUGGGACAAGGCAAAAGAAAAGAUCAGAGGCGCUUUCUCCUGAGCACAUAGGAGGGCUGGGCCUGACAACUGAGCGCACGGGGUGCUCCAGCUGCCCCCAACCCCAGCCCAUUAAUAAAAAUCCUUCAGAGAA